AUGUCCCCCCCUGGCUCGGCCGCGGGAGAGAGCGCCGGCGGCGGCGGCGGAGGUGGCGGCCCCGGGGUCCCGGAAGAGCCCACGGCGGCGGCGGCGGACGAGGGCCCCGCCCGAGAGGAGCAGCGUCCCAUCCAGCCCUCUUUCACCAAGUCCCUCUGCCGUGAGUCCCACUGGAAGUGCCUGCUACUCUCGCUGCUCAUGUACGGCUGUCUGGGGGCCGUGGCCUGGUGCCACGUAACCACGGUGACCCGCCUCACCUUCAGCAGCGCCUACCAGGGCAACAGCCUCAUGUACCACGACAGCCCCUGCUCCAACGGCUAUGUCUACAUCCCCCUGGCCUUCCUGCUCAUGCUGUACGCCGUCUACCUGGUGGAGUGUUGGCAUUGCCAAGCCCGCCAUGAGCUGCAACACCGUGUUGAUGUGAGCAGCGUGCGGGAGCGUGUGGGCCGCAUGCAGCAGGCCACGCCCUGUAUCUGGUGGAAGGCCAUCAGCUACCACUAUGUCCGCCGCACCCGCCAGGUCACCCGAUACCGCAAUGGAGACGCCUACACCACCACCCAGGUCUACCAUGAGCGCGUCAACACGCACGUGGCGGAGGCCGAAUUCGACUACGCGCGCUGCGGCGUCCGCGACGUGUCCAAGGCGCUGGUGGGGCUGGAGGGCGCGCCGGCCACGCGCCUGCGCUUCACCAAGUGCUUCAGCUUCGCCAGCGUGGAGGCCGAGAACGCUUACCUCUGCCAGCGCGCGCGCUUCUUCGCCGAGAACGAGGGCCUGGACGACUACAUGGAGGCGCGCGAGGGCAUGCACCUCAAGAACGUGGACUUCCGCGAGUUCAUGGUGGCCUUCCCGGACCCGGCCCGGCCGCCGUGGUACGCCUGCUCGUCGGCCUUCUGGGCCGCGGCGCUGCUCACGCUGUCGUGGCCGCUGCGCGUGCUGGCCGAGUACCGCACGGCCUACGCGCACUACCACGUGGAGAAGCUCUUCGGCCUGGAGGGCCCGGGCUCGGCGAGCAGCGCGGGCGGCGGCCUGAGCCCCAGCGACGAGCUGCUGCCCCCGCUGACGCACCGCCUGCCGCGGGUCAACACGGUGGACAGCACGGAGCUCGAGUGGCACAUCCGCUCCAACCAGCAGCUGGUGCCCAGCUACUCAGAGGCGGUGCUCAUGGACCUGGCGGGGCUGGGGGCGCGCUGCGCGGGGGCGGCGGGCGGCGGGUACGCGCCCGCGUGCCGCUACGGCGGGGUGGGCGGCCCGGGCGCGGCGGGCGUGGCCCCGUACCGGCGCAGCUGCGAGCACUGCCAGCGCGCGGUCAGCAGCUCGUCCAUCUUCUCGCGCAGCGCGCUCAGCGUCUGCGCCAGCCCGCGGGCCGGCCCGGGGCCCGGGGGCGGGCCGGGCUGCGGGGGCAGCCGCUUCUCGCUCGGCCGCCUCUACGGCUCCCGACGCAGCUGCCUGUGGCGCAGCCGGAGCGGGAGCGUCAACGAGGCGAGCUGCCCCACCGAGCAGACGCGCCUGUCGAGCCAGGCCAGCAUGGGGGACGAAGAGGACGACGACGACGAGGAGGCCGGGCCGCCGCCGCCCUACCACGACGCCCUCUACUUCCCGGUCCUCAUCGUGCACCGGCAGGAGGGGUGUCUGGGCCACAGCCACCGGCCGCUGCACCGCCACGGCUCCUGCGUAGAGACCUCACUGUGA